AUGGUGUUUGAUUCUGAAAAAUGUCGGCAGCUGGUUGGGGAAGAGGCUUCAUCCCAAAGUGGGAAGUUUACAUUCUUGAACUGUUUAGACAUGGGCUCUGGAACUGUAGCAUGUGGUGUGAAAGAGGGUGUGAAGCUGUACUUCUAGAGCAUUUGAGCUGCUCAUGUUGAAAAAGCAAGGCAUAUUGCAAUUGAGAAUGCCUUAGUUUAUGCAUUGUCACAGGGGAUGGCAGCUAAAGAUGCAGCCAUAGAAGCACAGAAAGAAGGGGCAAAGUCUGCAAAGUUGGCAACCUGGAAAGCCAAGCGCAUUAUAGGCCCUAUUAUCUCCUCUGGAUGGGACUUUUUUGAAGCAAUAUACUAUGGUGGUACCAUGACAGAAGGGUUCCUCAGAGGCACUGGGACAUCAUUUGGCCUGCAUGCUGGUGGUUUCUUUGGAGAGCAAAGGUUUGGGAGGUUUGGCUAUCUUGUGGGAAGUCAAUUGGGCAGUUGGGUUGGAGGUACGAUUGGACUUAUGGUAUAUGAUGUGUCUAAUGGAGUGCAUUACUUGGUUCAGUUUGUACAAACUGCAGAAAGUGUUCUUCGUGAAACACCAGCCUAUGAAAAAUUUGAAGCUUCUGAGGACAUAACUAUUUAUGAGGCUCCUCCUUCUGUCCGUCAUAUGUGAGUUCUGAGGCAUCUGAAGAUUCCAAUGCUUUUGAAACUCUUGCUUAUGAGAGCUAUGAAUCAUAUGAAGAUUCUGAAUUGAGGUGCUGCUUUCCAUUGGUGAAUUUGCAAGCGAUCAAGAAUGAACAAGCAGAAGUUCAUAAAGAAUCUGAGAAAUGAUGUCAGCUGGUUGCAAACUUGAUCAGUGAGAUGAGCAGGGACCAAAUGCCAAUAUAUAGUGCUAUGUCAAUCAUAUGUAGAGCAUCAUUUGCUUGUGGCUCAGAAAAAGUUCGAGUUAACAAACAAGGAUGCCAUCUAUAAAAGUAUAAAUUGCCCAAUCUGAAGGAUGAUAUUGGUUAACCAUUUAUAGUACCAAAGAUUAUGAUCCGCUUCUGAAUAUUGGUCUGCUUCCUCUUACAACCUAUCAUGCUUUAUAAACUUUGGCAGAUAUAGUUAAUAGCUUUGGACAUUCCCUACCCCAUUUGAUCCUUUGUCGAAUGCUGGAAGGCUUUUGUGCCAAUCACAAUCAAAGCAGCAAAUAAUCAGUUUGCCACGGACA